AUGGCACGGACGCGGCGGUGGAUGCUGCUACCUAGCGCCUCUGUCUCGUCCACCUCAACGCCGCAAUCCCUGUUCCAAGGUGCGUACAAUCUGGACACGAGACGCUGUCAGGACCCUCUACUACGCGCCCAAGACUUUCAACUCACGCUGGACGUAGUCACGGAAGACGAGGAGCUAGUACUGGCUGACGAGUGCUCUCACAGGCUCAAGCGCCGCCGGUACGAGGAAAACCACUGGGACGAUGUGAUUGUCAAGUUCAAGGAGAUGGAAUGCUCGCGCUGGUCUGCGGAGACGCUGCGCAUUCUGCAAAAGAUUCGGGACGCUGCUCUUCUGCCCCGAGGGCUCAACUACUUUCCGGCGGUGCAUGUGAUUGAGCUAGCUGAAGAUGGCUACAUCAAACCUCAUGUGGACUCUGUCAAGUUUUCGGGGCGAGUGGUAGCAGGCUUAAGUCUAUUGUCUCCUAGCAUCAUGAGGUUUACCGAAGAGCAUGGCGAGUCGGUUAUUGACGCGUACUUGCAACGUCGCUCUAUGUACAUGAUCACGGGAAGAGUCCGCUACCACUACAUGCACGAGAUCUUACCCGGUACGCAGCUGUUUCGAGGAGAUGUGUCGGUGAAUCGCACUCGCCGCAUCUCUAUGAUGUUCCGCGACGAAUUCUUAGAGGAACACGUUGGCAAGUAUCACACACCGUUUGCGAAACCCGACAGUGAGACGCAGUAA